CGCCAAAGGAAGAUUCCGUGAGUUGGAAGUGAGCAACAGGUGUCCUGACCUAAUCUGUACGGAAGAGUUCAGUUUUGGGGAAGGGUUUUCACUGCAAAGAUGGCCUCUUUUAAUGAAUGUAUCAAACCUAUCAUUGAACAAUUGGACAAAUUUAAUCCUGAAGCUGACAGUCCUGAGCAUGUCCUAGAAGAGAUGUCUAACAUUUUGCAGCAGACUCUCAAUAUUAAAGAUGAAAGCUUCAUUUUGGAAGUUCUCUCUGGAUGUCUUGAAUAUAAGAAGUUACUGGAAGUGGUGGUCACUGCAUUUUACGCACAUGCUGGGAAGAAGUAUCUGUGGUCUGAUUACAAUCUCUUUACAGUUAUUUGUUAUCUGUCUACUUUUUGCCUGGAUAAAAUUGGUCUCCAGUCCUUCAGUAAAAUUAUCAAGUCUCUGGAUAGUGCCAAAAUGUGUAAGUUUCUCAAGUUUUUCUUCAACAUCAUCAACUUGACCACAUGGAUAAAAGAUGAAUGGAGUUUAAUCUAUGAUGCCUCUUAUGUAAAGGAAACCUGGAUUGAGCCAUUGUUGAAAUGGGAACCAGAAAUACAAACGCUGAUUGACUACCUGAGUGAUGUAAUAGAGAACAGGUCAGUCCUGCACGUAAAGUUCCCAAAGUUAACCAAGCCGAAGGAGUUUAAUUUGACCAUCCCAAAGCCCAGAGGCAUUCUAGCUCCUGAUGUACUUCCUGUUCUGAAGAAGCCAGAACCAGUACCCCGGAGCACCUAUAACCAUCCAAAAAUACAGAAAGAACUGGGCAUAAUCAAGCAAAAGAAUCGCCGAAGGGCAGAGGCAUUACUCCUGGAAGCAAACAUGGCUACAUAUAGCUGUGCAGUCACCAGACCAGAAAAAAGAGAGGAAUCAGAAUCGAAUCAGCAACCUGAUUAUAAGUUUAAGGUGUCCCACAAAACCAAGUCGAAACUUCCCUUGGUCUUCUAUAAGCCUGACAACAUCCCUGUGAAACUCAAUGCCGCAGCUCUCUACAGGGAGGAGGCCCUAUACCAACAUAAAGCAGAGAAGGAGCUUCGCAGGGUUGAAGACCUCCUGCAAGGAUACAAAGGCUUCUCAGAAUUCCUAGAACAGCAAAAGAAGCUACAAGAGAAGGAGUUAGAGGAGAAGCUGGCGAAGGCGGAGUACCAGAGGCUGCUGGGGAAGCUAAGCCGGGAAGAGGCGAUUAUACAGCAUCAGAACCUCACUAAGGAGAACUACAAGAAAGCCAAAGAGAAGAAAGAAAUGAUAGCAAAGCUGAAGAAUGAGUACACAAAGCAGUGCCUUAAAGAAAAAAAGAAAAGGAAAAAAGUGAUUGAACAAGUAGCAGAGGGCCACAAAAAUGUGAAGACUGUCCAAGCAAAGCUGCGGAAAACCAAGCGACAAUUAGUCCAGGAAGUGACUCAAGAAAUCAAGCAACUACAUGAGAAGAGGCUGGAGAUUAUCAAUGAAGAUAACAAGAAAAAAUUUGAACGGAUCCAUGAACUCCGAUCAAUUGAGUCUCUUCCCGUGAUAAAGGAACGAUUUUUUGACUUUACGAAGGAUGCUGGUCAUGGCCUCAUUGGGGAAAUGUCCUUGGUAGAACUUCGGGAACGGCUGCUGUUGCUUCAGCAACAGCAGAAACGAGAUGAAGAAGAGAAGCGGGACCAGAUCAUCCGGGAAAAGCAAGCUAAGAUGAAUAAGCUUCUGGAAAAGGCCGAACAGAUUGCUAUGUGCCGAGAAGCCUGUGGGAGAGCAGCAGCAUUAAAGAUUGAGGAAAGAAAAAGGCUCGAAUUCCACACACCCAAAGCUGUCAGUCAAGAUGAGCGCAAUUUAGAGCUGAAGAAGAAAAUCCAGGUGCUAAUGGAGCAGCGGCAAAAGAAGGAGGAAAGCCUGAAGGCAGGACCCCAGAAGGCCAAGCCAGAGCUAGAACCAUGGCUCAGGCCCAAGACUCCUUUCGAAGAACAGCACUGGAAAAUGUUGGAGGAGAGCCGGGAAAAACUUUACAAGAGACUCCAGAGAAACACAGCCACCAGAGCAGCAGAACAGAGAGAGGAGUACCAUGUGUCAACGCUGAGUGGAGCUCAGCCUUGCAUCCUGAGGUCUUAA